AUGGAGGUAGAGCAGAAGAGAAAACGCUCUCCAAACUAUCGUGGGGGAGCGUGUGUUCCCAAAAGCCUCUUUGAUCGCGUAACUCUUGCGUUACGCGGCGACCUCGAGCAUGAGCAGGACAGGCGUCUUCAACUGGCGGACACUGUCUUGAAGCAUCAAGUUGAGUUUGUUUUUGCUCAGCUUGAGAACGAGAGAGCUUUAUCAUCUCUGCGUGACGAGCUAAGGGUAGCUCGUGUGGAUGUCGACCGGUAUCGGGCUGAGAUAAAUGCUCUUUAG